GAGCAAACCUGGCGCUGAGCGGCAGCACUGCACCUCCAACGCUGCUGUCAGCGCGCGCUUACAUCCACCUCAACUCGAGCCUCGCGCUAGCCAGCCUUUUCCGUCCAGUCCGCACGGGGCUCUCUCUCUCUCUUUCUGUCUCUCUCUCCCCCUCCUUAAUCGGUUCACGCGACUGAGGCGCGCGCUCUCCAGCCGGGAACAGUGCUCCUUACUCGGCCCCGCCGCCUCACGCUGUCCUCGGCGCGCUGCGGUCACUUUUACCCUCCUCCUCCUGCUCCUGCUGCUGUUCCAUCCACCUUCAUCUCCUCCACCACAUGCUCCUCGUUCUUCGCGCUGCGCUCGCGCUCACUGUCUCAGCUGUCCCGGACCGAGCCGCUGGAGGAGAGGAAGUAAAGUUUGUGUUUGAGGAUAACCGGACUCUCAGGACAUUCCCGCGAAGGAAUUUUAAACACGGAGGAGUCCUGUUCAGGCCAGACCCCCCCAGUGAUAGGCGUCCAGACGCCCUGUUUUAAACAAGGAGGACGGACCGACCGGUCGGCACCAUACUCCCCAUACCGUUCCCCCCCACUCUCUUCUCUCCACCCCUCCCCCUGACCCCUCCUCCACCCGUACCCACCAGCAGCCCCGCCAGCAAGAUGGACCUGCACCGGGCCGCCUUCAAGAUGGAGAGUUCAUCCUACCUCCCCAAUCCCCUGGCCUCUCCAGCGCUCAUGGUGCUGGCGUCCACAGCGGAGGCAAGUGUCCGUGAUGCCUCCAUUCCCUGCCAGGGACCACGGCCAUUUGGUGCUCCUUCCUCAGCAGAGAAGGAUGUGCACCUGCCUUUUGGUAAUGGCUCUUACACUUUUGCUUCUAUGUACCAUCGGCAGGGUGCCGUACCCACCUUUGCCAAUCGUGACUUCCCACCCUCGCUGCUCCACCUACACCAUCAGUUUGCUGCACCUCCACCCAACCUGGACUGCUCACCCCUGGGCAUGCUGAACCACAGCGGCGUGGGCGCCUUCCGGCCCUUUGCCUCACCGCCAGAGGAUCGUGACCAUCAGGCCUCCUCGGGUGCAUAUCAGUCAGCCUUCACCCCCGCCAAGCGCUUAAAGGGCUGCCUGGAGGCCGAUGCCUCGCCCCAUCUGCGCUACUCGGACGCUGAGGGCAAAGAGUACGACUACGCCGGUGCCCAGAUUGCCUCUGCCUCACCCGGCGCCCUGAAGGCUGCCGAGGAUGGCAAGAAGAUCUUUGCAGUGUCCGGCCUGCUGUCGGACAGAGAGACUUCGUCCAGCCCGGAGGACCGCAUCGAACGCUGCAAGAAGAAGGUGUCUCUGUAUGACAGCCAGGCUCCGAUCUGUCCGAUCUGUCAGGUGCUGCUGCGCCCUGGAGAACUGCAGGAGCACAUGGAGCAGGAGAUGGAGAGGCUCACCCAUUUGCACAUCAGCAAGAACCCAUCACACAAGGACAUCACCACAGCACCCGGCACACCCAAGUCUCUCCUGUUGUCAGUGCACAUCAAGCGUGAGGGCGAGUCUCCAGUCAUCUCUCCGCUCUCUUCAGACGACGCUCACCAUUCUGACAGAUACCAGACCUUCCUACGGGUCCGGGCCAACCGGCAGACACGACUCAACGUCGAUGACCUCUGCUGGUGCAGGCGCUACGGCAAGGAACGCAUCAAAAGCUCCCCCACCCCAGUGCCCCGAGGUGUGCCCCUAGCUCCAUGCUGCCUUCAGUACGCCCGGAUUGGAAAGAUGAAGCGACGGAAGCCGGAAGAUGGGCAGGUAUGUCCACUGUGCAGCGCCCCGCUGGAAGGGACUGGGGAGGAAAUGAAUAGGCAUGUGGAAGAGUGUCUUUUGAAGAGGGAAGGAGCCAUAGAGGAAGACCAGGCUGACAUGGAGGGGGAAAACGGCACCCGCUUCGAGGAGUAUGAGUGGUGUGGGCAGAAGAGGGUGCGAGCCACGUCUCUGCUGGAGGGAGGCUUUAGAGGAACAGGCUUUGCCAUGUGCACUACAAAGGAGAGCCACGACAGCGAUGCUGACCUGGACGUGGAUGGAGACGACACACUGGAGUAUGGCAAAGCACAGUAUACUGAGGCGGAUAUUAUUCCCUGUUCUGGAGAAGAUCAAGGGGAGACCAAAGAACGCGAGGCACUACGUGGGGCUGUGCUGAAUGGCGGUAUGCCAUCCAACAGGAUAACGCCAGAAUUCUCAAAGUGGGCCAGCGAUGAAAUGCCGUCCACCAGCAAUGGCGAGUGCAGCAAACAGGAGGCCUCGACAUCCACCGUGCCCAGGACCUGCAAAAACAGCGAGAUCGAGAAAAUCACAGAGGACUCCACAGGGACCACACUGGAGGCGCUGAAGGCACGCAUCAGAGAACUAGAGAAGCAGAUUCUCAGAGGAGACAGAUACAAGUGUCUUAUCUGUAUGCGGAAGCGAUUCCCAACAGGGCCCGACGGCAAGGGCGGGGGGCCGACGAGGCACGGUGGCGCAGAGGCCCCGCCCCUGGGCUCUGGCUGCUGUUUUUACAGAGGCUUCAUCCCAGGCAGCAGCGCGAUUAAGAGGCUACUGCCACUCCGGAGGGACUCGUACACAGCGCCUCUCACCUCCAUCCAGUGCUGGCACGUCCACUGUGAAGAAUGCUGGCUUAGGACUUUGGGAAACAAGAAGCUCUGCCCACAGUGCAACACCAUCACUUCACCAGGGGACCUCCGACGUGUUUACUUGUGAACUGGCACCGUCUCGUCUCCUGUGUUUUCUCCAUUUCCUUUUUCCGCAACUCUGUUCUUUUUUGCUCUGGUGGACUUCAGUUUUGUCCCUCUCGCGUCCCUCACCUCCCUGUUGCGUUCCCCGGACUGAGAGGAGCAGGUCGGUGUCGUGCUGAUAGAGACAGUAAACGUUUGAUGGCACUGGACUGCGUGGGAUCUGCGUACGGACUAGGCAUUCCCUAAUGGAGAAAAAAACAAAAAAAAAACACUCAACUCAAAAGCUCCUCUCUCUCCUCGGCUGACCUGCGCCUCCUAGUGGCAGUAUGUGUGCGGUGCAGGUCCUAGCCCUGUUUCUUCUGAAGGAACACCACCAACACCUCCUCCUCUUGAUGAUGCACCAUGAUGAUAAUGGAAGAGCGCUUCACCUGUUCCCCUCCUCCUGCUGUGUGUGUGUGUGUGUGUGUGUGUAUGUACGUGUGUGUAUGUAUGUUUUUGGGACCUCCCUCAGCAAGGCCACUGAUCUGGUCUCUGGCUGGAACUCUACCCAGGCAGGGGCCGACUAAAAACAAAAGAUAAUGAAAAUAAUAAGAAGAAUAAUGAAUAAACAAGUAAUAGUUAAUUCAACUCUCCAGCUUCUCUUCCAUCCAAAUAACCUGAACAGGUGUCUGCUGGACCCCCCCCUCCACUCCCCUAGGGAUACGUCUUUGUGUUUCCUCCCCCCCUACACACUUCUUUUUGUGGUGUUUUAGUGAAGUCAACCAAAUUCAAUGAACCAGUGCAAGCACAUGUAUUAUAGUCUAUGUAUGUUUACGGUGUUGUGAGUAAAUUACAUAGAAAACACACUUGUAUACACACACACACACACACACAUGUUCGAAAAAAAAAAAAAAAAUUCAAUUGUGACACAGCGAAACACAACGCAGACAUACACACAGAAGUAUAUAUUGAUAAAGUCCAGUUUUAGUUUGGGUGGGGUGGGAGAGGGGAGGGGCUUAUGUUUCAAUCUUGGUGAAGAAGAAAACCCUCUGUAUUUUUAAACAGAUGUUGUCGUCUUGAGGUUGAAGUUGUAUUUCAUUGUACAGGAAGAAAUUUAAGUAAUAUUAAUAAGAACUACUCAAACUAGGCUUUAAAGAUUUAGGCUGUACAUUUUUUUUUCACUCAGAUAUAAACAGUACAGUAUAAACUGUAUAGACCAACCUGAAGCGAGGGCGAGUAUCUGUAUCUGAUUUUCUUUGCUUUAUUUUGUGUGACAUGGAGAGAUUUUGCUUUACCCUUAAUGACCCUGAUGAUCCUUCCAAAAAUGAAGAGAAAAAAAAACGGGCGAAACUAAAAACUAUACAGGAUAAAAAUGGUUCAUCCAUCUUCAUUUUUGAUGUUUAUUUGCUCGGUACACUCAGACACAUUUCGUUCCUUUCAUCUCAGAGAUGGGUUUAUUUUAUUCUUUUUUUUGUUUUGUUUUGUCAUAAGAGGAUGGGUCAGUUGGGGCUGGAUCAGCUGACCGAUGCCCUGGUCCCUGAGCUCUCUCCAGGAGUGAAAUAGUGUGCUUUUGUAUUUGUACAACUAUGUAUUCUGUGAUUUUUCUGUAUUGAUGUAAUGAAAAAAAGACAAAUUCAGGAAAAGAAAGGUCAUUGCUGAUCCGAAUACAACAAUAAACAGUCAAACGUUGCUUUGGGUAGAAGCUUUUUCUUUUAAGUUUUUGCUUUGUUAGUUUUUUUUUUUUUUUUUUUUUAUUGCACCACUAUAUAAGAGAUCAUCACCUGUGUGCCCCCCCACACUUCACAGCUGUUCAUUUCUGUAAAUAAACACAUCUGUACAAAUGAGCAUUUAAAAAAAAAUGUAAUCCUGACGAGACAAGAAAUCUUCCCAUAAAGCAGAAGUCUGAUCUUGAAACCCACGGUGGACCCCUGAUCAGACAGGGUAAUGUUGCCCCGCCCCUCCCUCUCUUUCUCUCUUUUGCUGGAAUUUAGGUCCUGCCCCCAGAGAUGGAAAAACUGCACAAACUGAUUGUGUGAGCUGAUUUGUGUCCUUGUAUGAUUCUUGUAAAUGGUACUUGUCUUACCCGUUUGUAAACUACAUUUGACAGUAAUUAAAUGAUUGAACAUCUGAAUCCA